AUGGACGGAGGGUCGGUGGAGCCCGGGCGCGUGGAACUUGGAGACGACCGGGCGCGACAGCCGGAGCGCGCGGCUUUCCUAGGUGGUGGCCGUGACGGCGCUCGGAAGCAGCCCCACCCGCCGGCUGAUAAGUGGCAGAUUAGAGGGCUCAAAUGUCCGUGGGAAAACAACUGA